CUCUCCCCCCCGAGGCUGAGAGGCGGGGGCAGAGACUGUCCCGGCCGGCGCUGAUCUCGAGCGGCGAUUGGCCGCUGUCUACGCUGACGUCACGAUCAUGAUGAGAAUUAAUGAUCGGAGGCGCUGAUUUCAUUGUGUGACGCCGGGACCGACCCAGCCGAAACCGGCUGAAUUCGGAGCCCUGGGGCCCACCGUGGCCGCCCCGCCCGCCCCACAGAGCACGGGAGUGAGAUGUGGCUUCAGUGCAGUACCCACCCAUGAUCUACAAUAUGGAGAUGAAUCUGCGUUCUGUAUUUACUGCAGAACAACAGAGGAUAUUGCAGCGUUACUAUGAAAAUGGAAUGACAAAUCAGAGUAAAAAUUGCUUUCAGCUCAUAUUACAGUGUGCCCAAGAAACUAAGCUGGACUUCAGUGUAGUCAGGACGUGGGUUGGAAACAAAAGAAGAAAGAUGAGCAGUAAGAACGCCGUGGAUUCUGGAGGAAGCCCAUCAGCCACAUCCAGCAGCACAUUGACAAUGCCUCCAGAAGUGGCCGUUCAAAACGUGGUCAGCAUAGCCCGUUCCCAGAGCCAGCAGUCCUCGUGGACGUCCUCCAAUAACGAUGUCAUAGUCACCGGCAUCUACAACCCGGCUUCUUCGUCUGGCAGGCUGGUUUCCAGUAAACAGGCCAACUCCGUGAUGAGCGAUAUGCAUAAAAACUCCCUGUCGAGGUCAUCCGGGAAGAGCGAUCCCGAAUUCCAGCGGCAGCACAUCGCGGUGACCCGCCAAGCACCCCAUUGUAAAAACGCUUCGCUUUUCCUGGGCGAGAAAACCAUCAUCCUCUCCAGGCAAACCAGCGUGCUGAAUUCAGGGAAUUCUAUUUAUAACCACACGAAGAAAAGCUACGGCGGCUCGUCGGUUCAGACGGCGGAAUUAGUGUUACCUCAAAAGCCCGUCCUGUGCCACCGGCCGUACAAAAUGGACCAGGUGGGCUGCCAACGGUUGCAAAAACCAGAGCACCCCAUCCUCGCUUCCUCUGUUCCAUCCGGGCAGAGAUCGAACAUUAGAGAUCCUUCCUGCAGCACCCACAAUUUGGAAAUCCGAGAGGUUUUUUCAUUGGCUGUUACCGAUCAGUCCCUGGGAGGAAGCCGAGAGAAGGCCCUGUCAUCUUCCGGAGAAGGCAGUUGCCUGUCUAUCGCGAUGGAAACUGGGGAUGUGGAUGACGAAUACGCCCGAGAGGAAGAGUUGGCCUCCAUGGGCGCCCAGAUACAAAACUACUCUCGCUUAAGCGGCACGUCCCUCCGCGUCGAGAAUCCGGGAUCUGGUUUUUCGGGGUCAGGCCGGAACAUGGGUUGCAAUUCGCAUGUUCUGAACGCGAGGAACUUGCACAACAAUAUCCUGUAUCACAACAGAGACUAUCGCUUACCUCCACGGACAUCGUUGCACAGCACAUCCAGUACGCUCUAUAGCAAUUCCUAUCCAUCCAGAAGUAACAUUUCUUCUCAUUUUGCAGCAUCCAAUCAACUAAGGCUAUCUCAGAACCAAAAUAACUAUCAGAUUUCAGGAAACCUUACUGUGCCUUGGAUUACUGGGUGCUCCAGGAAAAGAGCAUUACAGGACCGUACACAAUUCAGUGACCGAGAUUUAGCCACCCUUAAGAAAUACUGGGAUAAAGGCAUGACCAGCCUUGGAUCGGUUUGCAGAGAGAAAAUUGAAGCCGUUGCUGCGGAAUUAAACGUUGACUGUGAAAUAGUAAGGACUUGGAUUGGAAAUAGGAGACGGAAGUAUCGUUUGAUGGGCAUUGAAGUCCCUCCUCCACGAGGUGGCCCUGCCGUUUUUUCGAGUCAGUCUGAUUCCAGUGAUAAAUCGGUACCCAUUCCAGGCGAUGACCCCCUGACUGACAUAGGAGAUGAUAAUGACAGGAAUGAUGAAGUGUCCAUCUGCUUAUCAGAAGGAAGCUCCCAAGAAGAACACAACGAAGUUCUUCCAAAUGAAGGCAUUGGCCACAAAGAAGAGGACCACGCUACUGCAACUUCAGAUAAUGUGAAAAUAGAGAUAAUAGAUGAUGAAGAAAGCGAUAUGAUCAGUAAUUCUGAAGUGGAUCAAAUGAGCUCUCUUCUGGACUACAAAAACGAGGAAGUAAGGUUCAUUGAGAGUGAACUGGAGCAUCAAAAACAGAAGUAUUUUGAACUCCAGACUUUCACGAGAAGUUUGAUACUUGCUGUCAAAACAGAUGAUAAAGAUCAGCAGCAGGCACUUCUAGCCGAUUUACCUCCAGAAUUGGAAGAGAUGGAUUUCAACCAUACGUCUCCAGACCCCGACGAUACCUCAUUCAGCUUGUCAUCUUCAUCCGAAAAAAAUGCCUUGGACAGUUUGUGAUCUUUUUUUUUUUGUUUUUUUUUUGACAAAGGAAAAAAACACACAGUAUAGUUUGUCUAACGUGUAUGUUUCCGAACCGAUUACAUUGGGUUUAACCCAUAUCCUUAAAACAUGAAGGAAGACGUAGGGUGGGAAGGCCGGCAAGCCAAUUGUAUAUUGAGGGCAUUUUGAUAAGUUUCUGCAAAUUCAGAGUUUUUGUUGUUGACAAAUGUGAAAGCUACUUGAAAGCUGCUUCCGGCAGCUGUCUCUUGAUGAUGGUACCUUCAUUAUAACAUGAACUUUUAAUAAUAAACCCUUCACCUAAGGACAGCACCGAGAAUGGAAGAAUAGUAGUGAAUUCUGUUAAUAACUUCCUAAUGUUAAUCCGUCAGUCCUACAGUGUGAUAUUUUGCCUUUUCUUGUUCUUUUUCUCCUUCUCAGGUAGAUGGACUGAUCACUGGAAAUUAUAGGUUUCAAGACAUGAGUGGGGGAUAAUUUGGCCCUUCAUUCAAAUGAUGAUCAUUCUAACCAGGGAUCAAACAAAGAAGCGUUGGUCUUUUUACUUUUUACUUUUUUCUGUAUAUAGCAGCAAAUCUCUUCUCUUCAUUUUGGGAUGAUGAAAUAUCCUGGAAUAUUUUCAUUACUGAAAAGAAAAAAAAAAGCAAAUCUAUUUAUCUUAGCUCUAAUAAAUUAUUUUGUGUAUAUCAGCAGGUGGAAAUUCCAAGCGAGCAAGGAAAAAAACACUUGACUCUUUUAAGUGCACAAUUCAGAAAAUACAAUUUCCAGUUGCACAGCCUUCCCCUUUAGUACACUGUAGAGAUCGGUAGUAGUAAUCCUGUCAAGCUGCGACGAUCCAGUAUAUAUAUCCAUAUCCGAAGGUCUGGCAGAUGCUUUCGGCUUACUUACAAGUGACUGGGUCCACGAAUCUGAUAUAAAAAAAGAUGAAAAUGCGGAAAUUGUUACUCAAGAGAAGAAGAAAAAGAGCUUCAUAAAUGGUGUGAGAAAUGUUGAUGAGAAUUCCCUCGAAGGGGAAAUAUAUUUCUGGACUUUUAAUGUGGAGCAAUUACUUAGUCCAUAUACUUAUUAAGAUAAUUGUGUUUUUUUUAAAAAAAACAAACCAAUCAACCAGCUAGCUAGCUAGCUAGCAAACACUAAUUUAUGGAUUAGCUCCGAAUAGGAUUUAGCAAAUGUACAACCCAUUUAUGCAGCCAGGCUUAAAAGUUAUUUUGAUCGAUUUUGUUAGGCAAUUAGUAGGCCGUGUAGACCUGAACUCAGUGAGAAAUAUAUUGGAAUUCUCCAUCUUUGCUGUGUGCAUCGAAAUCCUCAGUACAACCUCUUAAGACUCCAAUGCAUAAUUUGACCGUGGUCCUCUUUUUCAACUACUGCUGGAAAUUUAAGAUUAAUGUUUUUAAUCUUAAACGUAUUUCUUUUUUUUUUUUUUUUAGAACUUUGAUCUAAAGUUAUGUAUGUUGUGUCUUAAAUAGGAUAAUGAAAAUGUUACUUACCAAUUUGUAUGCUUUGUUCUUUGGGAUAGUAUUUAACCAAUUGAUUAGGUGCUUGUCUCCUAGCGACCACGUAGGUAGGCUUUCUCCAGGCGUCGUUGGCGUGUGGCCUUCAAGGCCUCUCAGUGCUGCGUUCACAAAAAUGUAAGAUAAAUAAGCGAUGCCCUAUUGAUGCCCCAUAGCACAAACCUGGAAGGCUUUACAUUCAAUGGAAAUGUUGGUAAGAAAACUGCUGUGUAAAAAAAAAAAUUGUCCUCCCUCUUCUAAAGUCUCCUUCUACCUUAUUCUUAAAUUCCAGCUCACAGCUUCUUCACCUAGCUGCCCCCCCCCCCGCCUCCCUACCCUCUUCCUUCCUUUUGCGUUUUAUCUCUCUGCUCUCUUUUUUAAAGUUGCUCUCCAAGAAUGAAAAAGCACAGGAGAAACAGGAUUGCAACUCCUUUUAGCCUAAGAAGAGGAGUUCCCCCCCUGGGGGGACAUCCCUGU